AUGUUAGGCGGGGCAACUCGCCGUCUUCACGUGCUGUGGGGUCAGAACCUCGGUAGCUAUGUACCGCCACACAGCCCCUCCGGCCUUGUGCGUGGUCAUCUGCUCCGCCGCUACCCCGUCUCCGGCGCUGUCACCGCUUCAUCGCCGGCGCAAAGGAGCGACGCAGAUGUCGAGGCACACGUGAUGUCUGCGGAGUGGCUGCCUGCACGUACCCCUGCCGAGGUAGUGCUCAACGCCAAUGAGUUUUCGACGUUUCAUGCCGUUCCUACGGCGACUCCGGAGGAUGUGCAGUGGUGCACGCGCUACCUCCUAGCCACUUCCAGCACCUCUGCAGCUUCCGUUGGGAUGGAAAGCCCAAAGUUGCAUGAAACGAAGCUGACCACCUCUACAGUCAUGAGCGACGUGGGGGACACCGUGAACAGUUCCUACGAGCCACCUUCUGACAGAAUAGACACCGCCUCUCUCCACUUCCCCUCCAUCAUCACCAGUCUACAUGCUCUUCGCCACGUUCUCCUCGAGCAUGGACGCCUUCUCGCUGGGUCUGAGGCCCUGCAAACUGGUGUUCCCAUCUCGUGCAUCUUGGCGGAGCACGAGGAGGCGCAGAUGUACCUGACAUGGAGCCUUGGGUCACACCAAUCGGGCCCAUUGGCUCAAGGGAUGUUGCCCAAGCCAUCUAAUCUCGCGCGUGAUGAUGACGACGAUGGCAACGCCGGUGCUUCAGUUGGAUCGAGGGAGGCGACGGCGCCGUUGACUGACGGAUGCGUGUUUGCGAUGGAGGAGACGGCGGAAGGCGCUGGAAGCACCGCUACGCCCCAUCAACAUCUCGACCCGAGGGAGAGGGAGAGACGGGAGCGUCUGGCGCGACUGCGCCACCGUUUUCAAAGCGAGGUGGCACACCUUCACAGCUACGGGCCGCGCGGCAGUUUUGCGGAGGCCUUUCAGGGCCCGAUGCCCAUCAGCGCUGAAGGUGCACAGGGCAACCCGUUUCUGCCGAUGGUGGAGCCCCGCGUUCCUUUGCUGACAGUGGCGACGUCAGCAGGCAGCGGCCUCGCCGCUGCCAUAAAGGCGGCAGCUGUAGCAUGGGCGUGUUGUGCGUGUGGAGUCAGGGGCAGCAGCGCCAGCUCGUUGCGUUGGGGCGUGUAUGCGAUGGACAUCUUGUGGCGUCCGGCACCCGCGACGGCACUUGUCGCUACAUGGUGGGCUGGACUUCUGCACCAGCACCAGCACCAAUCCUCAAGUAGCACUGGCAACUCUGCUGGAAACUCGCAUUCAUCGUCCUCCGAUGCGGCGGCUCAACACAGCUUGGAAAGGCACCCGCCCAGUCUCACAGGCCCGGCUGGUGAGCGGAGCGAGGGGUGCCGUAGCGCGUCAGAGAGGUGGGUCGAAGGAAGUAGGACUACCAUUGCGCCCUUGCUUUCGCCAUGUGCGCCCAAUUUCCAUGUCCUGAUCACCGGUGGCGACACGGCUGAUCAUUUUCUCCUACCUUUGAUGGCUGGUGUGGAUGAUAGCAUUAUUAGAACACACACCAAGAAUGCCCAUCCGAGCGAGAACAUCGACGUCACUGCACAGAACGGCGGUCGGAGCGGCGGUAACUUAUCAAGACCACGUGAUGGGGAUUCGGCUGGUGCGUCUUCUUCAGUGCCGUCGGUACAUCGCCGAAGGCCUGAAGCGCUUGCCAUGGUGCUGUGCUAUGGCUGUCCCGCGGCUCAAGUUGCACAUCUGCGCGCGAUUCGCCAUUCGUAUCUCGUCCAGAAAGGCAUGACCGAUACUUCGGCGACUAUCGAGUCUCGAGGAGCGCUCAGCGGACAGGGUGACGCGAACGUGAUCUCUGAUGGAGAAAGUAACGCAGCGACAUCUGGCCAGAGCGACGACUUGCCGCCGAUGAGGCAGGUUGAUUGUGCCACCACUGGGGUUGUGGAGUUGUGCACCGAGACUCCGGCGGUCUCCAUGAUAACAGCAUUGCCUCACGCGGUGAGCGCUGCUACACCCUCUUCAGUGGGGACUGCAAGUCCGUUAUCGCUCUCAUAUCAUCUACUUUGCUCAGGCCCUUCCUUGUCGCUACCCUCUGGGACACAGUCGGUGUUGUCGAAUGGUACAGCAGCAGCACAACCGAUGACGUUCAAAGAGAUUGCAGCGUGUGUCUUCGAGUCUGGCUUGCUGGAGCGGCCGCUCCGUCACGCAGACCUUCGUCACCGUCGCCGGGGGGCGUGUGUUGGUGCUUCGCGGGAGUCACUACGCGAGCCGCAUGCGGUGUUUGCCCCAGCUGCGCUGCACCGGGGCGUGUCUUUGCAGCAGGGGUGGUCCUCUCUCUGCUUGGCACCGCAAACGUAUGCUCCAGCGCUCUUGAGCACACUGGCGGAGAACCACUUUGGACAGCCGCUGCGCUCCGGUCACAGCUUCGACGCGUUGUGCCGCAGAGGGCCAGCUCCGUCGCCGCCGCAUGUGCAGAUGGCACAAGAGGUGCUCCGAUGCGCCACCAGAGGUGGAUGCGUGCACAGACAAAGCUCAGAAGGCGGGCAUCAGAUACGCAAACAUGCAGACGCGGGCUCGCCUCCUUCACGGGCGCCUGCAUCCACAGCGUCUACGAUGUCGCCAACGUGUGCGAGCGAAAGCCCCUGCGUGAAUGAAUGGCACCUGAACUAUGGUGUGGUGCGUGAAGUGCAAUGGAAACACGUGUGCGGGGGCUUCACACUUCCCCUGACCGCCGUAAGGGGCCGCAGCUCCCCGUACUUUGUUCCAUGCCUGCUGUUUACCGACCUGGCCGAGGUUGCGUCAACGAUCUUCACGAAUGGGCAUGAGGGGCGAUCAUCCCACGCAGGUAUCGACACAAUGCAACCGAGUUGGCCUGCUGCAUCGGCCUACCCGGACGGGCAUAAUAGCUUUCCAGGAGAGGCACUCAGCGCAGGACUUGGCGCCUCGCCGCAAGCGACUCUACGAUACUCUGCGAGUGAAGAGUCCAGGCAGACACAGGCACAGGUGGCAUGUGCCGUAGCGGCAGUGGAGGACAGCGUCUUCGAGCUGGGACGCACGCAUGAUACGGAGAUGCUGGGCUACCGCGGCGUGGUCGCUGGCAACUAUCUAUUUAUAUGCUGUUACCCGGAUGCCUGGCAAGACGCGGUGAAAGAUGCGUUGAUGCGGAGGUAG